UCCUCCUUAGUCAAAUCGCAAGAUGGCUUCACAGCCGCUGGUUCGCGCCGCGCUGCUCGUCGCCUUCUCCGUCCUCUUCACGCUCCUGCUGGCCUUCGGGCUGCCCGCAGCUCUCACCUGGCUCGCGCACUGUGCGGGGUUCGCGGAAGAGGCCGGGGCCACGCACUGUCUCGCGCUGCUCUACGCGCUGUUCGUGCUGUGCGUGGCCAUGCCCAGGAUCCCGCGCGGAUCUGUCUCGGUUGAGGAGAAGGCGGUGUUCAUUACUGGAUGUGACAGCGGCUUCGGUCAUGCUUUAGCCAAACACCUUCAUAAACUGGGCUUCACCGUGUUUGCCGGAUGCUUCUUGAAGGAUCAGGCUGGCGAGGGGGCGGUGGAGCUGGAGAACAUGCACUCUGACAGACUGAAGGUGGUGCAGCUGGAUGUGUGCAGUGACGAGCAGGUCUCUAAAGCUGUGGAGUUCAUCGGGGCCAACCUGGAAAACCCAGAGAAAGGUCUGUGGGCUGUAGUGAACAACGCCGGGGUCUCCAUGUUUGGGGAGGUGGAAUUCACCACCAUGGACACGUACAAGCAGGUGUCAGAGGUCAACCUGUGGGGAUCCAUCCGAGUGACCAAAGCCGUUCUCCCCCUCAUCCGCAGAGCGAAAGGACGUGUGGUGAACAUAGCCAGCAUGUACGGUCGGAUGGGAAACGCUCUGCGCUCUUCGUACUGCAUCUCUAAAUACGGCGUGGAGGCCUUCUCCGACUGCCUCAGGUACGAGAUGAAGGCCUGGGGGGUAAAAGUGUCCGUUGUCGAGCCGGGGAACUUCAUCGUAGCUACAGGGAUCCUGACGCGUGACAUUGUGGCCUCCACGGCCGAGAAGCUGUGGAAGGAGGCGCCCCUUGGUGUGCAGGAGGACUACGGGAAGCCCCACUUCGAGCACUACAUGGCCUUGAUGCGCUCCUACUGCAACAGCGGCCAGCGCGACGUCACGCCCGUUUUGGACGACAUCACGGAUGCCAUCAUGUCCAAACGGCCAUACACACGCUACAACCCCAUGGAGCCGUACUGGUGGAUUCGCAUGCAGAUCAUGAACCAUCUCCCAGGAGCCAUUUCAGACCGCCUGUAUUUCUGAAGUGUUCCCAUUCCUCUUUCUCUCUGCACUCGCUGACCGAGGCUUGAACACUUCAUUAUCACAUGAUCAUUAUCAUAUAUUUUGCUUACAAUUCAUCUUUAACAUGCCGCUGAUUAUCACGUUCCACAUGGAAAUCAAACGAUUUGUGACUCAUUAUGUAAGAUCCCAGUGAUGUUUCUGAGGAGUUCUGUAUGCAAGCUCAAUCAUUCCUGACAUUCAAGUGACAUCUGAUCAAUCACUCCAGCGUCUUUUAACCCUGAUCUCUAGCAUAUAUGGGAUUAUCAUGGACAGGAAACUCGACACGUGGUCUCCUGAGUAGCACAAACAGAAAAUCUCUCAACGAUCGCAAAUUCAAAUCCAUAGUCCAAGAGAGCAAAUAGCGCUCUCCUCUGAGGGUGUUACACCACCCUGUGACGCAGCUUGAGCAGCAGUUAGAAAAGAUGCAGUUGGCUGGCUUCACACUUGGCUUCUCAGUGGAAGCACAUGACAGCCUUCACACAUUCCCGGCUGGUAGCUGUUGUGUGAUAGGAGAGAAAGAAGUGACUGGUGGACCCGACUUGGCCAAAACCAAAAAACAGUGACUGAAAAAAAAAAAUUCCAUGAAUGGAUUGAUGGACGGACUGAUGGAAGUCUUAGAUAGCCAAAAAUCAGGCUUAAAGAUCAAAACACAAACAGGAAGGAAAGUAUUGAAGAAACACUAUUUUAGACUUGUGACAUUGCUGUGUCCUUGACCCUGUUUGAAUCAAUUCCAAACUCUAAUCUGUUCCUCUCCUGGUUAUAAUGAUAAUUCCAUAUAAAUCCUACAAACAUUCAAGCACACGUUCUUGCGAUAUCACACUAAAAAGAAUCUCAAAUGGACGCAUGGACGGCCUGAAUUUAAAAACAAAAUCUUUUCAAAUCAGCUUUCCAAAUGAAUGAAUCUGAAAACACCAUUUUUACGUUGCAAAAACAAACAAAAUGGCAGACAUGAUGUAAAGGUCAUGGGUCAGAUACACUGUGUGUAUGUUGCUCGCAUUUCGUUGUGGACGGGAAACUUUUAGGAAACAGACUGAAAAUGCAAGCGUGUCCAAGUGUGUCCAUUUCCUGUGUGAGUGUGUGUGUGAGUGUGUGUGAGAACUAGGCUGGAGUUUAACACCCUAGACUUCCAUUAUAAGUGAGUUUUAAGUACAGGGAAACAUUUCAAAUGAUUGCCAGUGGUAAUCGUACAUAUACACUAUGGAUGUGGUGGAUUUUAGGUCGGAAAACGCUGGAAUAUUCCUUUUAUGUCAUCUAGAAAAUGCAGUUUUUGGUAACAGAGAUUAAUAAUCACAGUUAAAACGCUCAGUUAUCAUUUGUACUUCUAAUUGUACAGAUCAGUCACUAAUCACUGCAGCAUUAUCGGUCAUUUCACGUACUUUAAAAGAGCAAAUCAGAGCUAGAUGUAAUUAUCGAGAUGAUACGAUCAGUACUCUCUCUCUUUCUAUCUGUAUAUAUAUAUAAAAAGAUAUAUGUAUUUUCAUAAAACACUGAGCAUAUAAAGGGUUUAACCUUUGACGUUUGACUAGCGUGCUUGUACAGAGUUGUGUUUUGUAGUUGGGAAGGAAGUGUUUCUGUAUGUGUGAAGUGCCUGUGGUCAGAGAGCACAUGCCUCAGUUUGGUCUGUUUUCAGCGAGACAGCAGACCACCACGGGAUAAAAGAGGAUGCCUGUGGUCGUGUCCAGACUUCGACUUAAAGCUGUGUUCACUGGUCUGUAUGGCUCUCUUCUGGGUGACAUGAAUUUGUGUAGCAGGAGUGUAUAAUGAGAUAGGCCUCAUUGAUCAAUCUUUUAAUAAAGUCGUAAAGUGUGUAAAUGUUUUUAAAGGACAAAUAUCUGAACUAAAAUGUCCCACCAGAUUUACAAAAGUUCAAAGCCUGUUUGAUUCAUUUAGACACACCCACAAAACUCCAUAAAAGGUAAAGCUUACAGUGAGCUGAAAACGUCAAAAUGGCGACUGAACAGUGAAAGAGCGCCUCCUAUCUCCUAAAUUUAGUUCAAUACAUCUUCCAGUAAUGCACAUCAGUUACCAUAGACACACACUAACUCCUCCUACUUUUACAGGGUGCCAUUAUUUUUGUCCUAAUCGAAUGGCAAUAGAUCUUAUUUGUCUUUAUGGACUUGUUUUGGGUUGCUUUCUUUCAAGUCAUUAAUGCGAAAUGACUGUGUUUCACAUAAUGUUUAUUAAUGUUGUGUGUGUUAUUGUAAUAAGUGAUUUAAACUUGACAGCGUAAUCCAUAUAUACACUCACGGUGACUCAUCAUCAAUUAUACAACUUUAAUCCGAUCAAUUUGUUUAAAGAUUUCUUGUGUUAAUGCUCCUGCGGACAUUUACGAAUAAAUCUGUUCGUAUCCAGUUUGAUAAAUGAGGCUUCUACAGUUAUUAUAACCAAGUUUUACGCGUUUCUGGCUUGGCCACUGGAGGGAGCAGCUGGGCAACUCUCUGAGUCUUGUGUUUUGAAAAAUUGUUACAAUUUUUUGAAGAUUUGAGCUUUGCUACAAUAAAAGUGCUUUGAGAAAAAAA